GCACUUCUCCACGACAGACAAACCGCUCAGAGAGAUCUACCAAAGCUCGGGUUGCUAUCGUAGGCCAUUGUCGACAAUCUGGGCACGCAUGCUAAAAGGUGGUUAGGCCAUUGUCCCUCAGGUGGUGUAAUUAAAUAUCCUAGUCCUCACCACGCCGUACAACAACUUCUGCCCUCUCUUCUAGUUUGUCGAGUUAAAUACAUAGAGUCAUCUUGUGACUUUUGUCUAUCAUAAUGUUUCGCAAAGGACCGACUCCCAUCCGUUCUACGCCCUCCUCCGUCCCGCACGAGGCCAUGAUAAAAUCACAACAAAAGCAUAUUGAUGAACUUGUGCAGAAGAAUCGUUCCCUCGAACAGACUCACAAGCUCCUCAAGGAUGAGAUUGCGCACAAGCGCGAACUCCACGACGGCGAAAUGCAGGACGUUCACACGAAAUUCAAAGCCGAGCUGAAGGAAUGGAUCGACGGAUGCGACUCACUGCAGGCAUGCCAUCGCAUCGUUCACCUACGGACGACGGUCAUGCUCGAGAACGAGCGUCUGAACGUGCUCAAGGAACGUAGCAAUGCGCGUAAAGAGCGCCUUGCACGACUGCAAAGGGAUUUUAGGCUCACGAUGUUUCAGGUCAAAGAAACCGAGCUGGAAACGAAGAACGACGAGCUAGAUGAGAUAUUGACCGGUGUCGCAGAGCAGCAUACUGAGGUGGUCAAGGGUUUGAAGUUGCGGAUCGCCGAGAUUACAGCAGAACUAAAAGAGAAGGCGGAACAGCUCGACGUCACUGAGAAAGCCAAGGAGGCUGUUGAGAAAGAAGUAUCUCGUAUGCGUCAGAAUGAGCCUGUUCUCAACGCCAAAAUCGCCACCCUUACCACCAAACUUGACAGAGCAACACUGCAAGUUGAGACAUCUCAGUCAGCGCAAGACGAGAUGGCACGUAUCAAGACUGACCUCGAGACGGCGAACUCCAACAUGAAGUCGCAGUUGGACAAAUGGCAGACGCUCGAAAACAAGGGCGGUGAAGAGGCAGAAGUGAUGCGGAAGCAGAAGAUCGAACUGGAAAUCAAGGUGAAAACCCUUGAGGGAGAGAUGGGCGAGUUGGAACAGUUGAGUGAGAAAGCUUCUGAGAAGCAAAGCAAAGCGGUGGCGAAGUUGAGACAGUCUUUGGAGGAGCAUGCACAACGGCUCGAAGAAGCUGAGGCCAACUACGAAGAAGCUAGGAAGACCUCCAAGCGACUCUUGCACGAACUUGACGAUUUGAAACAGACGAAGGGAGAAUUGGAGCGCAGCAAUACAAAGUUAUCAGAACAGUUGGACGAGCUACGACAUAAGGUGCCGAUCGGCGAUUCAAACGUCAAGGGCAAACAUAAGGCAGAGACCCAGGAAGCCGAGCGCCCUAAAACUAAGCAAUCGUCUAGUGUAGAGGAUAGCGGUUCAGACAAUGCGCACUCUCCACUAGCUGCAGGCAGCUCGAAGAAACCGCAACGUCAGACGCAAGCUGACACAGAAGAUCCUCUAACUGCGUCUCCCGUGCCGAAAGCAAAGCGCAAGCGCGCUGCGACCCACACAAGUGCAAGCCCCGAGGAUAGGAAGGGGAAGAAACGAUCUGAAGUAAUUGAGGACUCUAGGAAACCGAAGCGCGGCAAAAAGGUUCCUAUCGAGGACGAGUCGGCCGGUGAGGACACUGUACCUCAAAAGAAAGCUGCGAUCAAAGCUGCGGGGACAGACGUGAAGGGCAAGCGGAAACCGUCGAUUCGAGCAGGGAGCAAGCUGCCUGAAGUCGACAGCGAUUCAGAGAAGGAUGUUCCGGCGCCAAAGAAAAAGAAGAUGCGUAAGCUCAAUGCCUUCAGUUCUGCUCAGCCUCAGACGUUCGAUUGGGGGUUUAACGAGGACGGGGAUAUGUUGGGAAUCCCUAGGGAACUUUCGCCUGUGAAGGAUACCGGACCUGUUCCUCAGCGUGCAAUCUUCGGCAAGGCCGCCAAUUCGAUAUCCUCUGCAGUCUUCGGGAAACGAUAAUCAGGCCCUUCACGUUUGUUCAAUAUCGAGUCCUGAAAAAUGCUUAAUAUUUAAUUAUGCUGGGACAUUGAAGCAACGCUGAGAAUCUCGAAGAUGUUGAGCACAUCCACUAUGUACGAUUGUUCAUUGUCAUUGAGACAAUGAAGUUUCAUCUUGCC